UACAUAGAAUUAAAAAAUCCAACAAAUUAAAAAAAGAAAAUAUAUUACCAAAAUUUCACCAAGAAAUUAAAACAGAAUUAUGGCUGAGACAAAUGUGAUCAAGGUGAAGGUGCAUGGAAUGUGGGCAAGUCCUUGGGUUAGAAGGGUAACUAUUGCCCUUAAAAUUAAGGGCAUACCCUAUGAAUACAUUGAAGAAGAUUUGAAAAACAAGAGUCAAUUGCUUCUUCAGUAUAACCCAGUUAAGAAGUUGGUUCCAGUUCUUGUUCAUGAAGGAAGACCAAUUCCUGAGUCUUUGAUCAUUCUUGAAUAUAUUGAUGAGAUUUGGAACAAUUCACCAAAACUCUUCCCCCAUGAUCCGUAUCAACGGGCCGAAGUACGGUUUUGGGCCGAUUUUAUCAACCUUCAGGUUUUUGAGAAACUUCGGGAUGUUGUUAAAGCCCGCAAUGAUGGUGAAGAGGAAAAAAUCAUCAAGGAAAUCCAAGAAAACAUGAGCAAAUUGGAAGCAAAUGUGAAGGAUUUAUAUUCGGGAGCUACACAUGUUAAUGGAGAAAUAAUGGAAAUCUUAGACAUUUUGAUGAUCACAUUGUUGCCAAUUAUUAAUGGUGUUGAAGAAUCCAUUUCUGUCAAGUUCAUACACCCAGAAAAAUUCCCUUUGGCCUUUUCAUGGAUGAAAUCCGGCGAGGCAGUUGCAGUUGUUCAAGAAUCGGCUCCAAAUCAUGAAAAUCUUGUCAAGUUUCUUCGAAAACUUAGACAGCUUUUCAGAAAAAUGUAGGUCCUGUUUGGUUAGGAGUUGUUAGCUGGUUUGACUAGCGGUUAGCUGUUUGUAUUAGCUGGUUUGAUUAGCUGGUUGAAUUAAAUGUUUGUGUAAAAGUGUUUGGUAAAUUAGUUGUUAGUUGUUUAGUAUGUGAUAUGACCAUUAAGGAUACUUUGUUUCUUA